AUGUCGGGGUGCGCGUGGGGCGCGGCGCCGCCGCUGCUGGAGGCGCUGGGCCGGCUGUGGGAGGUGCAGGCGCCGCUGGGCAGCGGCUCCUCGGCCUCGGUGUACCGGGUGCGCUGCUGCGGGGAUCCCCGGGCCCCCCCCGGCGCCGUCAAGGAGUUCGUGCCGCCCCCGGGGCCACGGCCCGGGCCCGCUCGCCGCCCCGGCGCCCGCCCGCCCGCCGCCGACUGCGCCGAGUACGGGUUCCGCAAGGAGCGCGCCGCGCUCGAGCAGCUCCGCGGGCACCGCAACAUCGUGACGCUCUACGGCGUGUUCACCAACCACUACUCUGCCAACGGCCCGUCCCGCUGUCUGCUCCUGGAGCUGCUGGACAUCAGCGUGUCCGAGCUGCUGCUGCACUCCAGCAACCAGGGCUGCUCCAUGUGGAUGAUCCAGCACUGUGCCCGAGAUGUCCUGGAAGCCCUGGCUUUCCUGCACCACAAAGGCUACGUGCACGCAGACCUCAAGCCGCGCAACAUCCUGUGGAGUGCAGAGGAGGAGUGCUUUAAGCUCAUUGACUUUGGACUUAGCUUCAAAGAGGGGAAUCAGGAUGUGAAAUACAUUCAAACAGACGGGUAUCGGGCUCCAGAGGCAGAGCUGCAGAACUGCCUGGCACAGGCAGGGCUCCAGAGUGAGACAGAGUGUACCUCUGCUGUGGAUCUGUGGAGCCUGGGAAUCGUUUUACUGGAAAUGUUCUCAGGAAUGAAACUGAAACAUACAGUCCAAUCUCAGGAAUGGAAGACAAACAGUUCUGCCAUCAUUGAUCGCAUAUUUGCCAGUGAGGGGGUGGUUAAUUCAGCCAUUCCAGCUUAUCACCUCAGAGACCUUAUCAAAAGCAUGCUUCAUUGUGACCAAGGAAAACGAGCCUCUGCUGAGAAGGCUUUAUGCAGCCCAUUCUUCAGCAUUCCCUUUGCUCCCCAUAUUGAAGACUUGGUGAUGCUCCCCACACCUGUGCUGAGGCUGCUGAAUGUUCUAAGUGAUGCUUCUCUGCAGUGUGAAGAAGAAUAUGAAGAUAUCCUGGAGGACAUAAGGGAGGAGUGUCAGAAAUACGGGCCAGUGGUUUCCUUGCUUAUUCCAAAGGAGAAUCCUGGUAAAGGCCAAGUCUUUGUUGAAUAUGCAAAUGCUGGUGAUUCCAAAGCUGCCCAAAAAAUGCUGACUGGAAAGAUUUUUGAUGGCAAGUUUGUUGUGGCUACGUUUUACCCACUGAGUGCCUAUAAGAGAGGAUAUCUGUACCAAAACUUGCUGUAGGCAGUAGCAACAAUCAGGAGAGUUGUCUUGCUCCUCUUCCUCACGUGUUUUACAGUUGAAUGUGUAAAAGAGCUUCCUAGCCC